AUGAAACCAACCGACUUACAAUGUUCCUAUGAGCAAUUUGCACGCCGCUAUCUCCCCAAUCCACCAGACUCACCUACGUUCGAGCUGGGUGGGGUCCGUGGGGAAUUGGCUCAGCUGUUGGACGGGCAACGAGAAGGCGCCGAGGAUUCGGAAUUAUACAAUGUCAUGGAGAGCACCCUAAAUUCCUGGCUCAAAGAUACUGGCUUUACAAUUGUCCUCAGCACAGCCGGUGAACCCGACUCAGUCUGGCAUCCAAAGACACGUAUCAACGGAGGAUUAUACAAGAUUCAGGAGGCACCAUCGAAAGGCGAACUGCCGGACUGGGAUUCCGUGCAAGUAGGCGUCGGUGCGAUAUCUCCACACAGGAAGGACUUCUUCAGUGACUUGGUGCCAAAAACCCAAAACCACCCUACCGACUCUGAUGUGCCUGCUGCAAGCCAGGAAGCAUUUGAGCAAGCCAAGUCGUACUCCCUCAUCCCUUUUAUCCUUCAACAUCGUACCCACCACUUCACGGUCUUCCUUUUCGGCGCUUUGGCUCGUAUUGUUCGAUGGGACCGGGCUGGCUUCGUGUUCACAGAAGCCUUCAACUAUCUCGACUAUCCUGAACGAUUAUGUGAUUUUCUCUGGCGCUACAUUCACUUGUCUCCCACUGGCAGGGGCUUUGAUAGCUCUGUCCAGAGGGUUCUCAGCGAAACACCUGAUUGGGACUUGAUCCAGAGGCGCGCGGACUCCCCCCGGAAUCUUGAGGGCCACGAUGUGGACGAGCACAUCAGGUCGUUGUUUCAGGAGACGAUCAGGGCUGGCCACAGGUACAAGCUCCACGUCCAAGGCCGAUAUUUCUUCGUCGGUCGACCACACGUCCGCUCAGGCAGAACGCGUGGCUACAUCGCGAUCGACGCUGCAGACCCAUACGGGCCGUUCGUCUUCCUCAAAGAUACCUGGCACAUCUUACGAGGUGAUUUGAAGAAGGAAGGCGAUGUCCUGGAAGAACUGAAUAGCGCUGAUGAGCAACCGCAGAGGGGUAGAAAGUACAUCCCGAGUUUGGUUUGUCACCACGACGUUGAAGGAGAGUGGCAGAAAACCGACUCUCAAGACUUCUGGUACGAGCUCAGCCGCAACGAGAAUGCUAAAUGCCCCUUCAGGCCUCGGCAACACUACCGUCUGGUCGUGAAGGAGGUCGGUCUGCCUAUUAGCAAGUUCAGGAACGGGCGCGAGAUGCUCACUAUCAUCUCGCAUGGUGUUGCCGCGCAUGGCUAUGCCCACAAGAAAGGGUACAUGCACCAGGACAUUAGCGUCGGAAAUAUCCUCAUCUUCGUCCGUCAAGAUAUUGAAGAGGGGAGAUUGAAGGAGGAGCGCCACGGACUCCUGGCAGACUGGGAAUUGGCGGAGAAACUUACAGACCAGGGUCCACGGCAGCCGGAACGGACAGGUACCUGGCAAUUCCUCGCUGUCGACAUUCUCAACAACCCCUCCAAGCCAGUCGAGGUCUGGCAUGAAAUGGAAUCGUGGUUUCAUCUCACCCUCUGGCUUGCGGUCCAGUACUUGCCACACAACGUCCAGAAUGUUGCCGUGUUUAUGUCGGAAUUUUUUGAUGACGCUGCAAAACCAUAUGAUGGUUCCACCCAUUACAAAUGCGGCGCAUUGAAGAGAACUAGCAUGCAAACAGGCACCAUAUGCUUUGCUGAUGGAACACCCUUCGAGUUUGGCCCCAAGGACGAUCCCUUCGCCCCUUAUGGCAUGAACGAUGUCCUUUCCGCCCUUGCAGAAACCUUCUCAUAUCGCUACAAAGAGAUCGCACCUCGCCCUCGCAGAGUUUCGAAAAUACUGCCUGCACCUGAUCUGACCCCGGAGGAGAAGGAAGCCGCCAAGGUGCUCGAUGAUCAAGUCCGUUUCGAAGAGCUGCUCCUCGAGUAUAUAAACGGCCCCGGCAGGCCCGAAAAUGACAAGACUGAGCCUCAGGUCUCCCUGAGUGAACGGGAGCCAUUCCCUUCAAGCUACCGCACUCGCAACGAUAAGCGACCACGACAGGGGACUUGA